UAAGAUAAAGGCGAACUCAACGAAAAUGGCGGAUAGGUUUUCCCGCUUUAACGAAGACAGGGACUUCCAGGGUAAUCACUUCGAUCAGUAUGAAGAAGGCCACUUGGAGAUUGAGCAGGCAUCAUUAGACAAGCCUAUAGAGUCGGAUAAUAUUGGACACCGCUUGCUACAGAAGCAUGGUUGGAAGCUGGGUCAAGGCUUGGGGAAAUCUCUUCAAGGUAGAACAGAUCCUAUCCCUAUCGUUGUCAAAUAUGAUGUCAUGGGCAUGGGACGUAUGGAAAUGGAGCUUGAUUAUGCUGAAGAUGCCACAGAAAGGAGGCGGGUCUUGGAAGUGGAGAAAGAAGAUACUGAAGAACUAAGGCAAAAAUACAAGGAGUACGUGGACAAAGAAAAGGCAAUUGCCAAGGCACUUGAAGACCUUCGAGCCAAUUUUUACUGUGAGUUGUGUGAUAAACAGUAUCAGAAACAUCAAGAGUUUGACAACCACAUAAAUUCCUAUGAUCAUGCUCACAAACAGAGAUUAAAAGAUCUCAAGCAAAGAGAGUUUGCUCGCAAUGUUUCUUCAAGAUCCCGGAAAGAUGAGAGAAAGCAGGAGAAAGCCCUUCGUCGUCUGCAUGAGCUGGCUGAACAGAGGAAGCAACUUGAAUGUGCUCCAGGAAGUGGGCCGAUGUUUAGAACCACUACUGUGGCAGUAGAUGAAGAAGGAGGAGAGGAUGAUGUGGAUUCAAACUUUCUUGGUAGUUGCUCCUCCUCCUCACCAGCUUCUGGGCAAGCUAGCAACAUGACCAUGGAUAAGGGUAUAACUUACAGCAGUGGGCAAAUCAGUAAUAGUCCUGGACUUUCUCAGGUUCCUGCCCAGAUAUCACAAGCUGUUGGUCUGGGAAUUAACAAGACAGGUGUUUCUUUCUCAUUUGCCAAAAAGGCCCCUGUAAAACUAGAAUCAAUUGCUUCAGUAUUCAAAGACCAUGUGGAUGAAUCCAGUUCUCCUGAUGAUGAAGUUAAAAGUGAUGAAAGAGCCUACUCAGAUUCUGGAACUUUGGGAAAAAUUGGUGAAAUUGAGGGAACAAACAGCUCUGACAGCAAGGAAGAAGAAGAUGAGCAAUCACAUGAGAAAGAUGUCACAUUAUCAAAGCUAAAAAAGAUGAAACGGGAGGAUGGACCAGUGACAGCAGAACCAGAAUAUUAUCAUUAUAUUCCCCCUGCACAUUGUAAGGUGAAGCCCAACUUUCAGUUUUUGCUGUUUAUGAAGGCAACAGACCAAGUAGAAGCAGAAGCUGCAAGCAAAAAAAUAGCCCGUGAAAGGAAACAAAACAAUUCUCCCAAACUCAAAGUGACAAAAAGUGAUGAGAAGGAGACAGCAACAGAAUGUGUGAUCCCUCAGAAGGAGCAGAGUCCUACCAACCAAAGCAACAAAAUGGAAGGUAAGGACAUUUUGGGGGAAACAGGCAAGCAAGAAGGAAAACAACUUAAGGGAAAUAAUUCUCUAGAUUCAGAUGUCAUUAAAGAGAUUCCCCAGGCUCCAGGAACUAGUAAGGAAACCACAGAAGGACCUAAGCAUUUAACAGGGCCGUUCUUCCCUGUUCUGAGUAAGGAUGAGAGCACCACCCUCCAGUGGCCUUCAGAACUGCUGAUCUUCACCAGAGCAGAACCCUCUGUGUCAUAUAGCUGCAAUCCUUUAUAUUUUGAUUUUAAGCGGUCUCGUAACAAAGACACUAAAAUGAAAGGAACAGAAAAACAGAAAGGUAUGAUAAACCUUUCUAAGGAGAAAAUACAAGCUGCUGAAGAUAGUGAUGCAAGCAAAAGCAAAGAGAAGGAUAUUCUAGCUGGCGGUUCAACUGCAUUGCCAGAAAGCAAGACCUUGGUAAUGUGUGGCAAGCAGGAAGUCAGCCCUAUAAGAACUGGCAAAAGUGAAAAUCUGGAAGACAGCAGCAGAGGCAAUCUUAUUAGUCGCAAAGACAAAAUGGGGAAGUCUCACAAACACAAAAAGAAGAAGAAGCACAAAAAAUCCACCAAACGUAAACACAGGCGCAAAUGUGAGGCAGAGGAAAAAAGCAGAGAAGGGGACUUAGCAGAAGAUAAAUCUAAGAAGCAGAAGAAACACAAGCACAAAAAGAACAAAUCAUCUUUUCCUACUGAGGCUGAGCGGAUGCAAAAGAUUGAGGAUACUGGCUAUUCUAAAAAAAGAAAGUGGUGUGUACAAGACUCUCAGAGGAAGUCUCUUUCUAUUGAAGAAAGCAGUAAGAAAGAGGAUGGUGGUACUUCUUCCCAAGAUUAUGGCAACAAAAAAAACAAGGGAGACUUGCAGCAGACUUUGUCUGCAAGCAAAAGACGACCUUCCACCUCCACUUCAGUUUAUCCCGGUCAUCGAGGCCAACAGAGCAGUGGUGGCUAUGAGAGUGAUGGAGAUUCCUCCUGCCAUAAGCACUUCAGGCAGAAAUCAGCAUCACAAUAUAGUGAUGAUUAUGACUCUGGCAGUGACUGUUCACGAAGCCGCUCCCGAUCAGGACAUAGACACUCCUCAAGAAGAUCAUCUCAGAGAUCCUACACAUCAACUUCAUAUGCUUCCUCUGACAAUAGUCGGUACAGUCGGCGUCAUAGCUACUCAGAAGACAGCUAUAGCGAUUACAGUGACCGAUCACAAAGUCGUACUAAGCACUCCCAUGAUUCAGAGGAUGAUUCAGAUUAUGCCAGUUCCAAGCGCAGGUCAAAGAGGCGCAAGUACUCCUCUUCAGAAGACUACAGCCUAAGCAGAAGCAGGUCUCGGAGCAGGAGCAGAAGUCGAACUCACACCAGAGGGAGGUCAAGGACUAGAAGUCGAGGAAGGACGCGCAGCAGCAGCUGUAGCCACAGUCGAAAUAAGCGACGGAGCAGGAGCCGAACAGGACAUAGCUGGAAACGGAGUAGAAGCUACAGCCGAGAACGUAGUCGGAGCACAAGAAGCCUUUCACAGAGAUCUCUUUCACGGAAGGGGUCCCGUGGUCAUGAAAGCCCUGGGGAGAGAAGAUCUGGCCGUCGUGAUUUCAUCCGGUCCAAGAUCUACCGCUCACAGUCUCCUCAUUAUUUCAAAGUCAGACAAAGUGAAGGGUUUGCAAGAAAGGACGAAGCCAGAGGAGAAGAAGCUACAGGAGCCCCCAGUCUCUCUCAGAAUAUCAGUAGCUCUAACUUUGGGAACAGCUGUAACUCUGAGGAGAAAAAUUCUGCCACAGCUAAGCUCCUUCUGGAAAAAAUACAGUGUAGAAAAGUAGAGAAGAAAUCUAGCAGCAAUGAUGAUUCCAUUGCAGGAUCUCACAAGGUAGGAAUUAAACUGAAAGAUCCACCACAGGGCUACUUUGGCCCAAAGCUUCCUCCCUCAUUAGGCAAUAAGCCUGUUCUUCCAUUAAUUGGAAAACUUCCUGCAGUUAGGAAACCAAGCAUCAAGCAGUGUGAGGAAUCUGGUUUAGAAAGAGAAGAAUUGGAACUAACAGAGAUGGAUGAAACAACUCAUGAGAGUGGAGACAUUGUUUCAGCAAGCCAGCCUCAAGUGGAGGAAACCAUAGUGACUGGAAUACAGGACAUUUCAGCUGAUCAGAACCCAGAAGUAACCACAAAGCUAGUUCCUGUUCCUCUUGAGGCCCCAGUACUCCCAGAGCAGUAUGGAACUGGAGACCUGGUUGUGCCACACAACUUCCUCCCUGAUUCCAAUGAAAAUGAAGCUUUAGAGCCUCUUGACAGUGGAAACCAAUCUGUCUCUAUAGAAGGAAGGAUGGUACCUUUAGUCCCUGAUGUCGAGCAUUUUCCUAGUUAUGUAGCACAAAGUGGGGAGCCCAGCGUCAGUGGGGAGCCUGAAGGCAAUGAAGACUCUUCCCUGGCACCUCUGGAGAGUCAGCCCAUCACCUUCACACCAGAAGAGAUGGAGAAAUAUAGCAAGCUUCAACAAGCAGCUCAGCAGCAUAUUCAGCAACAGCUUCUUGCCAAGCAGGUCAAGACCUUUCCAGCCUCAGCUGCCCUAGCUCCUGCCACAGCCCCUGCCUUGCAGCCCAUUCAUAUCCAACAACCUACGGCAGCUGCAGCCACUUCCAUUACCACUGUGCAGCAUGCCAUCCUGCAGCAUCAUGCAGCUGCAGCAGCAGCAGCCAUAGGAAUCCACCCUCACCCACAUCCUCAGCCUCUUGCUCAAGUACAUCACAUUCCCCAGCCCCAUUUGACGCCUAUAUCAUUAUCCCACUUAACUCAUUCAAUCAUCCCAGGGCACCCUGCUACAUUCCUGGCCAGCCAUCCCAUCCAUAUCAUCCCUGCUUCUGCCAUCCACCCAGGUCCUUUCACUUUUCAUCCUGUCCCGCAUGCUGCCCUCUACCCAACUCUCUUAGCUCCCCGACCAGCAACCGCUGCUGCCACAGCAUUACAUCUCCAUCCCCUUCUCCACCCCAUUUUCUCAGGGCAGGAUUUGCAGCAUCCUCCUAGUCACGGCACAUGAAGAAGUGAGAAAGAUGUGGCCUCUUUUGGGGAAAAGAUAAGGGCAUAUAUAUCUGUGUGCAUUGGUGUUUUGUACAGACUGUCUGAAGGCCAUGACUGACACCACAUGAGAAUAGUGAAAUGGGAGAACUAGGUGUGGAAAGGGGAAGUGAAUGUAACAUAUCCAUGCAAAGGGGGAAAUGUUGCUGGAGUCCUGCUUGUCAGUAUUUUCAGGGUCCUCUGCACCCAGAGAGGUGACUUAUUCACAUCUAUAUGAAUGUGAAGUUUUUAGCAGUUAUGCCCCUUUUAAUUACUAAUGCUUGUGUUUUUAAAUCAUUUCCUCUCCACCCUGAAAUUCUGAGUGAAUAAUAUCUAAAUUAUUUGCCUUCCUUAUUUGCUAUUUAUUUGAGUUCAUUUUAAAGCUUAAGCAAAAGAGUCAAGAUAUAGUCAACAUCCAACCCAUUCCUCAGUUCCUCUCCCUACCCAACCAAGAACCAUUUUCAACAACCUGCUGAUUAUUACAAACAGCAAGCUUUCUUCUCAAGCAAGCCUGGCCCUGCUCUCCUCCCUGUGCCACUACCACAAGGGGAAGGAACAGAAAAUAAUUCCUUUAUCAGUCUUUGAAGCAAUAUGUUGUACUGGAAUCUUGGGAACAUCCAGAAUAUGACUUGUAUUCUGUCCUCUGUAAUAUUUGAUGGCUCCUUAUUAACUUAUGAUUUUUUUCAGAAGAGAAAAGGUUUUUAAAAAUUGCACUGAACUCUGUACAUGUCAAUGCUGCUUUUUGUAGCUCUUCUGACAAAUGUUCCAUAAUGAUAGUAUACUGCAAUAACAUUUUUAUAGCUUGCUCUCUGAGUGGUACUUGUUCAGGUUGUUUGGGUUAUCUAUACAUUUUGAUGUAGUUGGAAAGAAAGCUUGCAACAAAGGUUCAGAGCUUGUUGUGGCAAAGGCAUAAGAAGACUCCAAGCAUGUGUAUUCAAGCUCGGUUUUGUUUUCUUGGGUGCCAUGGAAAGGGAAAAAAUAGUUACUUUUUACAGGAGAAAAUUUGGAAUAAAGUAAGGAGCAGUGAUACAACCCUUUUUGUACCAUAGCUAAUGAAUUUCAGCGACUGUAGUGACAUACCUUGGAAGAUCUGUGAAGCCUAUGUGAUACUUUGAUCUUUACUGCAUCCUCUUGUCAGGAGCCAGGCUGCUAUUUGGAAAGAAGUAGCCCAUUGGAUAGGCAGAAAAGAAAGUCCAAAUGACUUUCCAAUCAGAAGAAAAUCUCAAAAGGCUAAUAAUUUUUCUUGGGAUCUAAGUCUUUGCAGCAACAAAGUUUUAAUAUAGAGGUGUGUGACUGUGUGUGUGGUUUUGUGUGUGUAUCUAUGCACGCACACUUGUGUUUAUGUUAAGGCUGUUGUUUAAACGUGUGCCUUUACUGUAUAUCCUUUGGAAAAGAUUCUGAGUGGUGUGUUUUUAUUUAGAUUCCUUCCAAACGAAGUGAUAAGUAAGUUACCUGGUUUCACAGCUGUCCCUUUUAAUGGAGAGAAUGUCUGCCUUAGGAAAGACAGACCAAUUUUGUUACAUUUAAUUCUUUCACUUAAUUUCUUCAUCUCUGGUGGGGGAAAAGAAGGCAAGAAAAGAAAGUGAGCUUUCUGUGAAACCACGGCUAUUUUAUAACAUAACCAUCCAACUCCUUAUAAUGUUGAUCAUGGAAAAUAGCCUCCAUUUCAAAACUUCCAAUAAAACCAUUGUUAUUUGCUUCUCUGAAUAUAUCAGACUCUAGGCUUCCUGAUACUUUGCUAGUUAAAAAAAAAAAAGCACUAGAAAAGGAAAAUGCUGUUCUGACCAAGGGACUCAGUAUUUAAUUGCUUAGAUAACUGAGGUAGCAAAAUGGUAUUACUGUAAUUACCGAGUGCUUCGUUCUCCUGAGAUUAAGAUCCAAAAUCCAGCAUUCCAGUGGGGCAUAAGAGGAGACUGGACUUCUGCAAGAACUGUUCCAACAAAGAACAUACUAUUAUUUCAGUAUCAGCAGGCUAUAUUAAACUUUGACACAUAAAAGUAUGUAAGUGUGUGUGUGUGUGUGUGUAUGCACACACAUAUACAUACACACAAACACACUGUAAAAAUGAGAAAAAUAAACUUUAUAAUCUUUCCAAAGAAGCAGAAUCAAGUUGCUAGUUCUCAUAUUAUCACACCCACUUUUUUAAUAUGUCUUAGCAAAAAGAAGUCCUGUAAACCUGGCUCAGUACAUUACAUAUGGUUUAUCUAACCAUAUGUAAACAUAUGCAUAAUGCAUGUGCAAUGAAGUUCAUUCUGAUAUUUUGAAGCAUAUGAAAUACAACUUAUAAAAAUACUCUGGUAUAAAAUACCAUUCACACUGAUGUACCAAUAUACUGGCUAUUCAAACAUUACAAAAACCAUGGAGAAACUUGGAAAAGAAGAUUACAAUAGAAAGCUUUUGUUUACCAUCUCUUGUACUUUCAGUCUAGAGAAAACACUCAGGUCUACCCAAAGAAUUAGUAACUUAAGGCAAUGAAGAAAAUGACUUUCCAUUCCCCUGCAGAAAAAUUCAGAUACUGUAUUAAUUAGAUGAGGAGGAGAGAGUGGAAUUGAAGAGUGUGGAGAAGCUGCUACAAUUGUCAUUCAACCUCCAACAUCUGUCAGGAAGGGCAAUUUCCUCUAUUAUCAUAAAGAUCAAUACUAUAUGUUAUCUCCUAAUUGACUUAACAAUUCUUUUUGACAUAAGGACAUAUUUUUAGGUAAAGGACUGAGCUAUAACCAGCCAUUUUUACUUUUCAAGAAAAAUUACGGUUUCCAUCUGGGUGUUAUUCUUGAAAUAAAAGUGCUUUUACUUUGCUUUGAAGCAUACUAGCCUCCUAUUUUUUUGGUGUUUUUUAAUGUUAAAAAGCAGAUGGAAUUCAACAAGCUCGAAGAAAAUAUGUGUAGAUAUGUGUGCUGCUAUUACCACAAUGAACUCAUAAUUGGUUGUGACUAUCCAGAAGGGAUUAUGAUUUUAUACUAAUUUGUAGAAAGCUUUCCAUGCAGUAGAAUGUUUAUAGGCCUGUACCAUCAAACCUGGAUCAAUGAAUAUCAGCAAGCAAUCAAUGUGAGCCUAUUAAGGAAUUUCAAGCCCAUCCAGGUCAGACUGGAUACCAGCAUUAAGAAUAACUAUAGGAAUGACACCUGGGCUAAUGCUUAUGUAAAGGAAAAAAGAAUUGUGGGUUGUCAAGAUUGAAAAACACUAGUCUAGAGGAAUUUCAUAUUUAAUAUUACUUUUUAAAGGGAAGCCUCUAGUAAGUAUUCUGGCUUUUUGAUAAGGCCUAUAUUGGUUUCUCCAUGCAUAGUGGAGCAACUGCAGUAAGUUGAUAACAAGGCCUGGUCAUGUAUACAAAGCAGGAACUGUUCUCCCAAUAGAUAAGGCUACAAAGUCAAUUUUACAAAAGAAUUUGUCCUGCAAAUCUAAUUGAGCCAUAGUUUCAGAUGGGAGAGAGUCAUUUUAUGUUUAAAAGAACUAUUGUCAGUUAAUACAGACUUUGAAAACUGAUGUUCAAAUUAAAAUCCUAUCUCAGAACUCUUGAUAUCCUCAUGUCCUAUGUUGUACAGCAAGUAUCUUAGGUUUGAAAACUACACAGCCUAGACUGUUUGAUCCUUAUUAGUAAAGGCUUUCAUAGUAAUGCCAGAUCUAUUACUCUACUUACUUUAUUAACUGAUUAAAGGCUUAAUAUAUAUUGCAAAUCUGAUUUAAAAAUACACUUCAAUUCCUUAUUUUCAUCACAUUAUUUGCUUUUGGCUAAAGGCUAUUUGUAGUCAUUUCAAUUGGCACUCUUCAAGUUGAGGUAAUGUACUCUUAAAUUUGGUGCCACAUGCAGCCUUUCUAUGUGAUACACUAUUACUAUAUAAGAUUGCUUCAUAAGCAAGUACUAACAAGAUUUCAUUGUUUUAAAAAUGUAACUUGAAAAACAGUAUAUAUUAAUUUUAAAUAUUACAAGUAAUGCAGAUAAUUAAAAUAACUUAUAUUCAACAGAAACCUGAGGCUGAUCAUAAACUCAUUUCUAGAACCCAGUUGAAGUGAAUUAAAUGUUCAUCAGAUGGCAAUUUAACAGCAGUGCAAAAUAAAUACAGGAUGGUAUAUGUAUUGUUCUUGUCAAUAAAUAUCCCUUGGGACU